CGCAUCGGGAUUUAUGCGGAGCGCGAGCGCGCGAGACCUCGCACGGGAGCCGCCGGGUAGUCCGGGAGCGCAACCCCCGGGAGGGCAUUGUGUAGCGCACUCGCCCACUUGCAUUGUUAUGACUGGGACUUGAUUAUUUAUGCCCAAUAAUCCGCUCAGCUGACUAUGAAAUCACGUUUAAAGAAUUACCGCCGCCGUAUAGUGAACGAGUGAACGAUUUUGAUGGUAAUGAGAAUCAAGGAUUGAACAAUACGAGUAACGCACCUCCAGCAUGCGAAGUCUUAGACUUGCUCGCGAACUGCAAAAUAUCGUAUCCAUUAGAUGACAAUCCUGAUACCAGUGUUGAGUACGCUGAAAUUCAAGACAUGGGUCUUUGGCACUCAACGCCUUUGGCCCAUCGACAUAAAUCUAAGAUAUCGCUCACGUGGGUGCUUAAAGAAAAUUUAGAAAAUGCGAAGCUGACGAGUGAUAAGUUUCAACCUGAAGAUAGAAUAAAAAAUACAUUAAUAAAGCCAGAGGUGGACAAAAAUUACAAUCAAAAGUCGAAUGAAAUAGAACGCUACAGAAAGUGCAAGCCCAGAGAUGUGAAAGAUAGGGUCGUGGGCCGUAAUGAGUAUUACCAUAAUCUUAGGUUUAGGAAUGCGUGUGAAGAGUUUGCAAACGUGCAUGACACCUACUCAGACACUAGUGCUGGCACAGAAGAGUAUGUGAGGAAGAAACACAGGCAUCGGCAUGGAAGAAAAAAGAGAAACCAAAGCCGAAAAUUUGGAUAUGACAUCCGAGAUUUGGACAGCUUCCUUACCGAGGCUUCAAUAGACCGUCCAGGAAACAUCCCCGUCGUAAUAGCCUACCCAAGUACCCUGUACCAAACGCAGAAGGAUGUCCAACAAGAGCUGCCCUUACCACUGGGUACAGUCGUCAACGCAGUGUUUAAGAAUGAACAGUGGCUGUAUGCGCAGACGCCGCACGGAGAUGAAGGCUAUGUGCUGUAUAGUGGAUGCUUGCCGUUAGGAAUAUUGCCUAAUAGAACAUCACCACAAAAGAAGACGCCAUGUUGGGAAAGCAGUACGGAUAUCUACCCGCGUCCCUGCGGGAACCUCACUGACAACGAGAAGGAACAACUGCGUGGCCGAACGCGCUCCGAGUGCCGCUACCCUUCCCGAACAACACGACGCAAGCCCAAGAACUCGUGCGCAGAAAAAGACUUUGACACCCUAUACUUAAAGACUAAAUCAGUUUGCUCAAACAUCGAUAAGCUACACGAGAAAGAGAAUAGGGAUUAUAAACAUGUGAAAAGACAGACUUUGUUGGUAGUGAACAGUGAUUACACAGGGAGUGUGUUGAAUAAAACUUUGACAGUGCAGAAGGGAGAUGUGGUUGUAUUAGUGCAAGGAGGCGGAGUGGAAACAGACGUAGAUGCCGAGUGGUUUUAUGUGAAAAAGAAAGAUGGAAGCCAGGGAUUCAUUCCUGCUGUUGUUGCAGGCCAUGGCUAUAUUUAGAGGUUCUAUACCCUGAUAGAAACCGCUUUGUUCCUAUGUUCUAACUUUUAAAAGUUUAAGGGAAUAAAACUCAAAACUCUUUACAAUAGAGUUCAAAUUAGGUUUAAUGCAUUUGUAGUCGUGUAGUGUAGCAAUACUGAUGGUAUUGCCAUGUUGAACUGAAUUGCAUUGAAACUCAUUUUUUGUACGCUUAAUAGUUUGCUAGCAAUAAAAUUGUAAAUAAUAAAGUUUUGUUAUAUCA